AUGCUAGAGCUACUAGAUGAAGAAUCCACGACGGUAACACCCCAGGUUAGCAAGCCAGUGUUUCGUCAACGUAAAACCUUGGGAAAAAAGCGACAAAGAGAUGAUGAUAAAAAUGAUAUAGAAGAAACUAGUGGCAAAGAACCACCUGAAAAUAUGGCUUAUGAUGCUCUGGAGCGGAAACAACGCAAGUUUGGUACUCAAGAGGCUACCACAGUUCAGAAACAAGUGACAAAAGAUGAUAAAAGUGAAAAGAGUAAGAAAAUUGAAGAUGGUUCGGCCAAAGAAGACGAAGAAGACGAAGCUUACAAAUCCGAAAAGAACGUUCAAAAGCUGAAAUCUUUCGCUAAGGCACCCCCUGCUUCCAUCAGGACCGUCACAAUUACAGAUUUCCAGCCAGAUGUGUGCAAAGAUUUUCUUCAAACCGGCUACUGUGGCUACGGCGAUACUUGUAAGUUCCUUCACAUUCGAGACGAACUGCGAGCCAAAGCUCCCAUUCUGAAGGACUGGAAAUUGGAUGAAAAAUCAGAACCAGAAACCAUACCCUUUAAAUGCGUUCUUUGCAAAAAGGACUAUAAACGUCCUGUCAAGACUGAGUGCGGCCAUAUAUUCUGUCAGUCCUGUUUUAUGGACCGUUAUAAACACAAAAAGCCCAAUUGCUACAUAUGUGGACGAGAUACAGGGGGUGUAUGUACUCCGGUCCAGCAAAAGGAACUCGAAAAGCUUUUGGCUCCUCGAUAG